AUGCCCUCCAUUCAGUCCCUCUCCCGAAAGUCCAGUGGGGCUCUGCGAAUCCGACCAAGUGUUGUGGUACGGGCUGCUACGACAUUGAUUGUGGCCUUGUCAUGUGUCUCUCUGAUGCAGAAGACGGCACCAUUGCAGGAGAGAAACCUAUUGGAAAAACCGUUAAUGAAAGCGAUGAGCAUCUACGAUCAAUCAACCCCAUACAUUGCACCUGUACAGUCGGAUCGGAAACUGGGGGUCCUAGUGGGCAUCUUCACGGCAGAUAUGAAAAAUGAUCGAGAAUACAGAGCGCGUCAUCGCAGGCUAUUCACGUUGUGGAACGAUCCUCGAGUUUGUAGUCUAGCGGAUUUCCAGAAAAGAAGUGUAGCAAAAAGAGAUUCUUGCGAAGUCAUUUUCACGUUUGUGGUUGGAGCGAAUCCGCGUGGUCCACCAGAGUGGAUAGAGCAAGACGAUGACGAUAACGGCAAGCGUAUGGAAAAUCCCAUCCUUUUACCUCCCUCUUUAGACUCCAAAUUUACCUCAUCUGAUCUGGAUAAGAAGGAUGUCACUCGAUUGAACAUUUGCGAGAAUAUGAACGAGGGGAAAAGCCAAACAUGGUUCAAGUAUGGCUAUCUAAUUGCCCAAGACUAUCCCGAAAUAUCGUAUGUAAUGAAACUCGAUGCCGAUUCAAUCCUCCAUCUCCAUGAGUUUUUUCACUUUGCAUACCGGCAUCUACCACCCCCACCUCAUAGCAACAAUGCUUAUGUUGGAGCUCUUCGAGAUAAGGCCUAUUGGCCCCUAAAGAAGGGCAUCACUCCAAAAGAUCGAGAAGAGCUAGAAGGGUUCUUCGGAGCCGACUUUGAGGGUGUCCACUUGUAUCUGGCAGGUCAAUGUUACAUUCUUUCCAUCAAUUUGGCAAGGGUCGUCAUGAAGGAAUCCAAAGUUCUAGAUGAGAAGAAGAUAAGACUAGCCGAGAAUCCUCCCAAGAUCAAACGAAACUAUACGAGUUACCUGGAAGGGCAUGAAGAUCAUGACAUUGCCGCCAUGGUGUUUCACUCGCUGGAGCCUGUACAUCUAAUCACAGUCGGGCGGAAACAGAGGUUUUGGGAGCAUCCAGUCAAGGGGGAGCCGCGAUGGCGUCGGAUAUGGCACCGAGAGGUGGCUCGGAUGGAAGGUAGGCCGUUUGAAAACAAGUUAUACUCAACGGAGAGCUCGUACGAGGAAGUGACGGGACUUCAGAUUGAUGUGACCGCGUAG